AUGGAGGGUGUGCUGGACCGGAUUAACCGCCGCGUCAACCUUUUCGGAACCGAGGAGCCCAUCAUUCAGCUCUUUGGCGAAGACCGGGUCAUCGUGCAGUUGCCCGGGGCCAGCGGCUCUAUUUCCGAGGUCGAAUUUGCCGAGGCUACCGACGCGGCCGCCGUUGAAGGGAUAGUGGCCGGACAGGGUUUCGAUGACUUCGCAGUGGAGUCCCAAUCGGAAACCAGCUACGAGAUUCGCACCACUUCCCUGAACGUAAACCAGCAGAAUGCGCUGCGCGGCGCCCUGUCCUCCGGUAUUGGCUCGGUGAAUUCCUUCCAGACCACCGGCGGAAUCGAGACGGCCAAGGCCCUCAUCGGCCAGACGGCCCAGUUGGUGUUCAAGGAGCGUACUUGCUCCGAUGUAACCUGCUUUACCUUCACUGACGCCGAAAUCGGGUUGACCGGUGACGACCUGGAAAGCGCCUUCGCCUCCACCGACCCCAACACCGGGGAGUGGGAAGUCAACAUCGCCUUUAACGAUCGGGGCACCGGGAUCUUCUCCGACCUGACCCAGCGUAUCGUAGGAGUUGAGACCAAGCGCAUCGGCGUAUUCCUGGACGACGACCUGUUGAUUGCCCCGGUUUCCCUGGCCUGGAUUCGCGACGGUCGAAGCUCGAUAACCGGCAACUUCUCGCGCGAAGAGGCCCGCACCCUGUCCAUACAAUUGGAAGCCGGUAGCUUGCCCGUGCCCCUGGAACUGAUCCAGGAAAGCGACGUGGACGCCCUGCUGGGCGAAGAGUCCCUGAAAAAGAGCCUGCUGGCCGGCAUCAUAGGACUGGGCCUGGUGCUGCUGUUCAUGAUUGCCUACUACCGUAUGGCCGGCGUGGUGGCGGCCUUCGCCCUGCUUUUCUAUGCCGUGGUAGUGCUGGCGGUAUUCAAGCUGGUGCCGGUUACCCUGGGCCUGUCGGGCAUCGGCGCCUUCAUCCUGUCCGUCGGUCUGGCGGUGGACGCCAACAUCCUGAUUUUCGAGCGUAUGAAAGAAGAGAUACGCAUCGGCCGCACCCUGGCCUCCUCCAUGGAGGUGGGUUUCAGCCGGGCGUGGCCGGCCAUUCGCGACGGCAACUUCUCCACAAUCAUCACCUGUCUGGUGCUGCUGUGGCUGGGCAGUCGUACUGCCGACGACCUGGUAACCGGCUUUGCCUUCACCUUGUUCAUCGGCGUGGUGGUCAGCAUGUUUACUGCAAUCGUGGUCAGCCGUAACCUGCUGCAACUGAUGGCGUGGAUCGGGCUGGGCCGGAGCCUUAACCUGUUCAGUCCUGAAGGGACGCCGACCCUGACCGCUGGCGGCCGCCCGGGCGGCGCCGGACAACCCCGCAACGUUUAG